GACGAUACCAUUCUAGCACGAGAGUACAGCUUUACAAAUACUCCUUUUUUAUGAUAAAGAUAGUAUUUUGAAAAGCGUUUCCAUGUUAGUAUUUGUUUGUGAUUUUGUUUUAGUCUUAAAAAUAGUUAUCUCGUUGAUAACAGGCCGAGUCUGAUUUGACUGUCCCACCUCCACACCCCCGUCAUUACAGAAUGUUUUUUCCCAUCAUGGACACCAUUCACUGACGGUAAAUAUCGGAGCUCUUCAACAUUUUUAAAAUAUGUAACUGGCCCCAGGUCUUUGCAUUUUAAACAUAUUAGUUGUAUAUCUCUGUCACAUUAAAUCUUUGUGCACCGGGAAUCAUGAUCGCGUGAUCAAAAAGGUAAAAUAAUUUGUCCAGUUUGGGCCCCACUAUCCUGUGUCAAUUGAAACAGACCUCCGUGUUUCGGUGCGUGCAUGCGUCCAUGUGUUAAUUGCAAUUUAGUAGUAGAGGGACACAUCCGACAAGAAGAUCCACAUCUGGACACGACUUCCCCUACUACCAACCCUGGCCACCUUAAUUUAUAAGACACUGCAAGCUUUUGCAGAACAGCAUCAUGAGUGAAUUAAAAGACUGCCCCCCACUGAAGUACUACGACUUCAAGCCUGUUGAGCAUGUGAAGGUCUGUCCCCGAUACACUGCUGUCCUCGGCCGCUCGGAGGACGAUGGUAUCGGCAUCGAGGAGCUGGACACUCUGCAGCUAGAGUUGGAGACACUGCUGUCCUCCGCCAGCCGCCGCCUCCGAGCCCUGGAGGAGCAGAGACAGAUCCUCACAGACUGGCAGGACAAGAAGGGAGAUAAACGCUUCCUGAAGCUGGGAAAGGACCCAGACCCUGCUGCCUCUUCUCGCCACAAACCAAAGAAGCAGAAGUUGGAUGGUAAAGGGGGUCAUGGACCAGGUCCAGGUCCUGGCAGACCCAAAUCCAAGAAUCUACAGCCUAAAGUUCAAGAAUAUGAAUUUACAGAUGAUCCACAAGACAUUCCCCGAACUCCAAAAAACGAUGCACCCAACAGAUUUUGGGCAUCAGUUGAGCCUUAUUGUGCUGAUAUCACAAACGAAGAGAUCAGACUGCUGGAAGAACUUCUGAAACCUCCAGAGGAUGAAGCAGAGUAUUUCAAAAUACCAGCACUUGGCAAACACUACUCUCAGCGUUGGGCUCAGGAGGAUCUGCUGGAGGAGCAGAGAGAAGGAGCACGAGCCAAUGAUAAGAAGAAAAGCCUCAUGGGAGGACCAUUAUCUGAGUUGGAUGCAAAAGAUGUGGACUCCCUGUUGAAAAAGUCAGAGUCCCAACACGAGUCUCCAGAAGAUGGGUGUCCCUUUGGUCCCCUCACCCAGCGUCUGCUCCAAGCUCUUGUAGAGGAGAACAUUAUAUCCCCUAUGGAGGAUUCUCCCAUACCUGACAUCUCAGGGAAAGAUGCUAACGAUGGAGCUGGAACUUCCCCUCGAAGCCAAGGGAAAGCCUUUAGUGUUCCUCACACACGUUCUCUGGAGGCGAGGAUCAAAGAGGAGCUGGUGGCUCAGGGGCUGCUGGACUCAGAGGAACGGCCUGGACCAGGAGGAGACUCUGAGGAUGAGGUCCUGGCAGAGCUGCAAAAGAGACAAGCUGAGCUCAAAGCCCUGAGUGCUCACAACAGAGCCCGCAAACAAGAGCUGCUCAGGUUGGCCAAAGAGGAGAUGCGUAAACAGGAGCUGAGACAGAGAGUCAGGGUGUCUGACAACGAGGUCAUGGAGGGAUUUCGACGAAUCAUGGCAGCCAGGCAGAAGAAACGCACCCCCACCAAGAAGGAGAAGGACCAGGCCUGGAAAGCUCUGAAGGAGAGGGAAAGCAUCCUCAAGCUGCUGGAUGGAUAGGAAUAAAAGUGUAUUUCCUUAUUUAUAAGAAAUGUUGGAAGAAAGACAGAUUGACACAGAUUAGGACAGCUGUGACAGCUUUUACAUGGUCAGUGAACAGCUGUAUCAGUGAUGAUCUACAGUUUGCUGCAGCUCUGCGUGAUUUGAGUAGGGACAUUUUGUAGUUUUUUUUAAUGUUGUGGAUGCUCAUUUGAUCAGUAGUUUUCAAGAGACUCUUUUCCUUUUUUUGACAUUAUUUCUCGUCAUUUGUAUUUUGUUUUUUAUUUGUUUACAAUUGUAAAGUUAAUGUAACAAAACACAUGAAUUAAUAAAUCAGUAUCAGUCAA